GUUUCCACCACCUCGUACCUUACCAUAGUACCCAAUCCCCCCACCGCGGCCAUGCCACGCACAACGACCUCAUCCCUCGCGCCGCCCGCGCAAUCCACGGGUCUGCGGUCGCCAUCCCCACGGCGGUCGCCGCCCUCUCUGCACCCCUCCUCCUUCGCGCCGCCCUUCUACAACCGACCACCGACGCCCCUCCCCCCCUCACCCUCAUUGACGAGCCUCCUCCGGCCCUCGCGGCCCACCACACCAGACAGCAGCGACAGCGAGGGGAUCCUGUCGUCGUCCCGCCUAUCGUCCCGCACACCGCGGUACGCGCCCAAAGUGCCAACAUACGAGUACUACGGCUUCACACUGUACGUGAUCGCGAACGCUGCGUUCGCGCUGCAGCUGCUGUGGAGUUUUUUGCCCGCGAGUUUUCUGGAGAGCCUGGGGUUCAGCUAUUACCCCUCGCGCUGGUGGAGCUUGGUUAUUCCCAGCUACCUUGUCGUCCUCGUGUGCUACGUUUUUGUUGCCCUGGCGGGGUAUAAUACUACCGUACUCACGUUUCCCCUGGGCGCGCUGGAGGCGGUCGUGGAUGUGGGUGGGAAUGUCGCCGCGUUUACGGUGGGGGAUGGGGAGGUGGAGGGGAUGCUGGAAGGUGAGGGCGAGGUGAGGGAUCACGGGAAGAGUGAGAAGUGGGGGGAUAUGCUUAGGGGCCGCGGGGAUCUCGAUUGGAGGACGCUGUGGAGUCGCGGGACCGACGCGGUUAUGGAUGUGCCCAUCGGCGGAGUGUGUGAAGUGCUCUACGGCGAGGGGAGGGAAAGGGAGGAGUGGGAAGUCGACGAUGAUGAGUGAGGCGUAUACCUACGGCGUUUGGGAGUUGUGUUUGCGAGUGGGAAUCGGAGAUUAGAAGCAGGCUCGGACGAGGCCAUGGAAUCACGUACUACCUAUACACCAAGGCUA